GGCAGAUACUUGAAGACUUUUAUUUGAAACAGAACUAAAUAACAAGUUAACAAAAUGAAAUACUUGGUUGUUCUUGCUUGUGUUGUAGUUGCGGCCGUGGCUAGUCACCUGCCCAAUCUACCCGAAAACGAAAGACUCAAACUAGCUCAAGUCCACAGAGACUGCCAAGCUGACCCAAAAACUUACGUCGACGAAGACAAACUUAGGAAGCUUCCAAACUUCGUUGAAGACAAACAAGUAGGUGUUCAUAUGCUAUGCAUGGCAGUAAAAGCAGGAUUAAUGAGACAUAACGGUGACUUCGACAUUAACACCAUCAAACAAAAAUUUGCUUUGGUGAUCAAGGAUCAUUCCAAGGUUAACGGAUUCGUCCAACAGUGUGCUACGAAAUCAGACACUCCAGGAAAGUCAGCUAUUUUGUUCACUCUUUGCUGUGUCAAAAACGGCAUUGAAUAUUACCAUAAAUUGUAAACAAAUAUUGGUCAAAUAAACAUAAUAUUUUAAGAA